UUCAGAUUAUAGAUUUUAGUGGUAAUUCAGCAUUGUUCGAAGUCAGUCGCUUUCCAUUUGAAGUAUUCUUCCAAGUCGGUUGUGCGAAUUAUAGUGUAAACCUUGUAACAAAGAGGAAGAUUAUAACACGAUGACGGAAAUCAAGUCUACUAUCAAGGAGCAGAACGCGACUCAGCAGCAUGGCACUUCUGAUAUGGUUCAUAGUAACAGUGCUCAUCAGAACAAUUCGUCGGCAACUUCAAAUUCUAAAAAGCAUCUAAAAAAGCAAACAAGUGCACUGGAUAAUAUAGCAUUCCACCUAGGGAUUAAAAAGGCAGAUAAUGAUCACAUCGAUGAUCGCAAUCUUUUUGUUACUUUACUGCUAUUAGGUGUUUUAGUCAUUCUUUUUAUUGCCAGUGUGACUGGUUUUUUUCGUUAUGUGGUUCACUGAUAUAUAUGACAAUUCUUUAUUGGAGAACCUAAAACUGAGCCACAAAUCAACAGCAGCUGAAUGGUGGGAGAAACCACCAGUAAACCCACUGCUAAAGGUACACAUAUUCAACUAUACCAACAUGGAUGAUUUUUUCAAUGGAAAGGCCGACAAACUCAAAGUAGUGGAUUUAGGUCCUUAUGUGUACCACGAAACUGCGGAAAAAGUGAAUGUUUCAUAUCAUGGAAAUGGUACCAUAACCUAUAAGGAGCUGCGAUCUUACCAAUUUCUGGCCAAUCAAUCAAGUGGAAUGCAGUACGACAAGGUCGUUGUGCCAAAUAUACCAAUGAUAACAGCAAUUUCACAAAGCGCCGAUGAAUCUUUGUUUAAAAAAAUGGUGUUGAAUACCGCUCUCUCUGGCGUUGAUGCAAAAGCCUUCAAAGUCUUACCUGUAGAUUCAUUUCUAUGGGGAUAUGAAGAUGAUCUAUUGAACCUAGCAAAAAAGUUUUCAUUCGACAAUGAAAUGUCAUUUUCUAAAUUUGGUAUACUUAUGACGCGAAAUGGGACAAGUGCUGAAACAUUUACGAUAUAUUCUGGUGAAAAUGACCUAAAGCAGCUGGCGAUUAUUAAGGAUUUGAAUGGAAAAUCUUCACUAGAUAUAUGGACAACCGACGAAUGCAAUCGAGUAGAUGGCACAGAUGGAUCACAAUUUCCUCCUCAUCUGAUGGAUAAGCGACAAACUCUAUAUGUUUUUAUUAAAUCAUUGUGUCGCAAAUUUCCGCUGCGAUAUGAAAAAGAAGUGACCUUAUUUGAUGGAAUACCUGCAUGGCGUUAUAAAGCACCAACCGAUGUCUUUGCUCAUCCCAGUAUUAAUGCAGACAAUCAGUGCUUCUGCCAUUUGGGUUCUGCUUCUUGUCCAUUAAGUGGUUUAUUGAAUGCAACUCUGUGUUCUUAUGGAGCUCCAAUUUAUGCAUCUUUUCCACAUUUCUAUACUGGUGAUAGAAAGCUACUUGAAAUGGUGGAAGGUUUGGAUCCUCAGAGAGAGAAGCACGAAACAUUUGCCGACAUUCAUCCUAGACUAGCAUUUCCAAUAGAUGGUGCUUCCCGGUUUCAAAUAAAUAUUCAGGUGAAAAAAACAUCAUACAUUUCAGGUUUAGAGCCAUUCAAUGAUGGACAAAUUUUACCAGUCAUUUGGCUUGAAGUGGUACCUGGUCACAUAUCUGAGGAACUGCGGAACAUGAUUUAUCACAGUACAUUCAGUGCGAAUGCGAUACAAUUCUCGUUCAAGUAUGGAUCUUUACUUAUCUGUGUGACAACAUUUGCACUUCUAGCCAUGACAUGCUAUUUCCGUACGAAAAAUGCAGAUGAUAUUAACUCUGAAAAGCCUGAAGAUCAGCCUACUGUGAAACUUAACUCAAUGAACAGCGAAAUAAGGUCUUAGGUAACCUCUGUUUAUCAUGACAAUAGUUUUAUGCCGAAAUGGCAAUUGUACGAAUGAUCUGUUUGAUUACUCUUUGUUCUGCGUGUACAUACGUUAAUGUAGUGAGUGUAGGCAACUUGUUUUAAAUUUGCAUCCAUCCCAUUUAUAGAAACGAUUGCAUCUAAGUGGGGCUAUAUCGAAGUUAUCAACUUUUGAUCCUUUGAAACAUUGAAUAUGUGUUCAAAUAAAGAAAAUUGAAUUUAUUAUA